GACGUCUUUUAACUAAGAUGUUCUCAAACCAUCUUCAAAAGAAAUUAACUACCCUUUCUACUCUAACCGAUCUUACAAUUUCGCUUGAUGGAUGGACGGAUAAUUCUGGAAACUCGCUAUACAGCUUUAUGGCGCUUAAAGAAAACCAAGAAAUUGUACUUGACAUUCUUGACUUAUUAGCGGAUCAUCACACAGGCAACUUUCUCAAAGAUAAAUUGAAAGAAGUUCUAUCUAUUAAUGGUAUUAAAAUACUAUCUAUUAUCGCCUGUGUUACUGAUAAUCCUUCAAACAUAGCUAAAGUUUGUAUGGGCGUGUCAGUUUACGAACAAGGCUUUCGAUACUGUCUUUCAUUAAGUGAAACAGCACGCCCUAAAUAUCCUGAAAUCGAAAAUAUAACAAUUAAAAAUAUUAUCAGUGAUAGAUACCAUUUUGCAAACAAUGAUGCUUUAACGAAAGUAAUCAAACCAAUUGUUGAUGCUAUUGGAAGGCUAGAAUCAAAUGAUUCUACUCUCGCUGAUAUCUUUAAAGAACUUAUCAACAUACAUCAACAAAUAUCCCAACUUGAAGUUCCUAUUAACGGACUUAAAGCCCAUGCUCUUGCUAUUAUCAGUAAACGUGCAAGAGAGUUUGAUAGCGACAUUUUUUUUAUCGCACUUUUUCUUUCUCCACCUCAUAAAUUUCUCGCAAUAUCCAGAAAAAUGAGUGGAGACAAAAUCAUACGGGCUUCGCUCGAACUUGCUAAAACCUGGAAUUUUAAAAAAAUAGAUACAAGUCUUUUAUUUAAAGAUCUGCUUAGUUAUAAAAAUAAUGACCCUCCUUUUGAUACACCUUUUAAAAGUUCUUCACAAUCUCUACGAUCAUACUGGUCUGAAUUCACUGGAAAUGCUCCCCUUUUACAUCGUUUUGCAAUGAAAGUUCUUGUUAUUGUUCUUCAUGGAGCUAGCUGUGAACGACUUUUUUCAUCGCUAGGGUUAAUAAAAUCAAAAAUAAGAAACAGGUUAACUCCUGAUAAUCUUUCUAUACUCGGUCAGCUUAGAAAUGAGCUUAAGAAAACCGUACAUAUAAAGGAAAAUUCUAAUAAAACUGUUACUGAAUUUUCAACUUACAAUAAGGCGAGACCAACUGGAUUCU